AUGACAUCUGUAGAGGGCCCCAAAAAAUGGAAGGAGCCAGUUCCUACAAAAUAUGACUUGGACUGGGCUGAUCUAAGUAUUAUUGACUUAAGUACAUUUGACGAACCUGGAGGCAAGGAAAAGCUUGCAAGUGAUCUUGAAAGAGCUGUAAAAAAAGACGGAUUUUGGACUGUUGUAGGGACUGGAAUAUCAGAAAGUGAAAUGCAUGAGUUUUUUGGGCUUGGGCAGUAUUUUUUUGAUGGAUACUCUGACGAUGAGAAAAAGAAAAUUGAAGUUGACUUUCUGCAAGGGAAUUACUUCGGCUACAAGAAAAAAGGCAAUAAGAAUGUUUUCGGAACUUCAGUUAAAGAUAAUGUUGAGAUUUUAAACAUUGCAAAGUUUACAAAAGAUGGUGAAUUCAAAAAAUACCAUAAGCAUAAAUUCGUGCAAGAUUAUCAUGAAGAACUUGAAACAGUUUCAAAAAGAUCUUUUGAAGUGGUAAGAAAACUCCUUGUCCUUUUCGCAAUCAUACUAGAGCUUGACGAAAAUUAUUUUGUGGACAGACAUUUGUAUGAUGAUCCAAGUGAUGACCAUGUAAGGUUCAUGAAGUAUCACCCUCGAUCUAAGGAAGAUGAUGCAAAAGUUGAAAAUACUUGGUCUAGGGGACAUACGGAUUUCGGGAGUUUAACUUUGUUAUACAAUCAAGUGGUUUCUGGUCUUCAAAUUAAAUUAUCAGAUGGUCUGUGGAAAUAUGUUCCCCCUGUUAAAGGUGGAAUCAUUUGCAAUAUUGGAGAUACGUUGAAUUUUUGGAGUGGAGGUUAUUUUAAAUCAACUAUUCAUCGCGUUGUAAGACCUCCCCCGGAUCAGGUGAAUGCUCCCCGAAUUGGUGCUUUCUACUUUGUGCGCCCUGGUGAUAACGCACAAAUCGAAAUUGCACCUUCUCCUGUAUUAAAAAGGUUAGGCUUAUAUAAGAAAACGCCGCCAGUGAUAGGAACAGAUUAUGUAAGAGCAAGAGUAAAGAACUAUCACGACACAAAGGAGUACUUGAAGCAGAACAACGUCAAAUUUAAAGUUGGACAGUUUGAGAUAGCAGAUGGUUUCGAUUAG